AAAAAAAAAAUCCUACCCUGCACUUAAUUGUCUUGCAUCCUUUCUAUUAGAACCAGUUUCAUGAAAGCUGCCUACCUGGGAGGAUUUCAGGAAACAUAUUUUUAAUACGUGUGCACGCCAUAGCUCACUGUUGAGAGUGGCGUGAACGUUCAUUUCCCGACCAGAUUGAUGGCAGAAGAUCCUGACUGCCGGCGUGACGUGGAAGUGCACUGGUUUUCUACCCAAACUUGGCACAGCAUUUCUGCGUUUGUGUCCAAAAUUUCUUUGUCAGAUGCCUCAUUUGCUUUACCCUUCAGCAGCACCAGCUGGUAGAUGAAAGUAUCGAACAAAGAUUUCCUUGAACUGCAGUGCAGAACAGUUCUGAGCGAUGGCAUCAAAAGGAAUUAGAGAAUAAAAUCCCCUCAUAAUGUUUCUCAGUAGUGACACCAAUCCAGAUGAAGACGGGGAGGCGGCAGAGUCUCUCAGAUGUUCGCUGCCAGAAUUGUAUGCUUUUGUUGAGGAUUUUAAUAAGGACAGCAAGAAAUCAAAUCUCCUAAAAACUCACAGUAUUUCACCUAGUGAAGCUCAGAAAAUGCUUAGUCAAAAUGUGAAUGCCAUGUCACUCACCAGUGGAACUGAUGAUGUGAAGGGAGAACACCUCCAGCCUGUUUUCGUGUGCAAGGUGGUGAGAAAAGAAGAGGAGAAACCAGACUCUAUGACCGAACUGCUGUACCGAAGCUUGUUGACCAGCUCACUCUCUCCAGUGGAGAGACUCACCAGAUCCCAGCAGAGGCUCUUUCAAUGUGGGAUUCCUCCUCCUGCACACACUUUUCCCUAUGAGAUUCUCAUCGAUCACUCCAAAUCUUUGUCACCAGUCCCCGUCCCCAUAGACGAGAAGACUCAGAGUGCCAACAUAUUACACAUGCUCGGCAUUUCCAGGAUCAGGCCAGAAAAUUUUAUCUUUGAAGACAAAAUUGCUAAGUACUUCUUAGUUGAUCCAGGUGUGAGCAUCUGAAAAGGGGUAGAGAGAAAGCAGUAGGGCCAGAGAAGGGAGGAGCACCGCCUCCCCCCACGUGCAAGGAAAUGCUAUUUUUAUUCACACCAGUGGUAAAUGUAAAGAAGUUGUUCUCAAGCUUCAGCAUCAGGAUCACCUGGAGAGCUUGUUAAAACGCGAUUUGCUGGCCCACCCCCAGAGUUCCUGAUCCAGUAGGUCCGGCGGUGGGGGGGGCGGUCUGAGCAUUUGCACUUCUAAGUAGGCUCUGGUGCUUGCUGCUGACGCCAUCCUGGGACCACACUUCGAGAACUGCUGGUGUAGAAGAAAGGAUUCUGUGAGGAUAAAGUCAUCUCCCCAGGGAGCUCCAUGGCCAGGUCACUGACAACCUCUCACGGGUCCUUCUGCUUCUCCCCUCAUAGAAGCCUCUGGUCUUUUUAGUCCACCAAUGGUUGGCGCCCUGGGCAGGGUGCAGAAAGGAAAACUACAAGCCAAAUGCUCAGAAGCAAGGACCACCCCUUGUGCUCGUUCAAGUUCCCCUGAAAGCAAAGCCUGAAGCAAAGACUUGGGAGCAGUGGCUUAUCUGGAGGUGAUCUCAAGCUGCAGGAGUGAGGGCGCCCGGAGGGAGGACACUCCAACAUAAAGGUGUGCUAUUCAGGUCCCUCAGUUCUCCUGGGACCUCUAGGAAGCUGAACACUUUCCAGAAUUGCCCACCAGAAAGAUGGGAGACUGGGCGUUAUCCACCUGCUAGACCCAUUGGUUGAGGGUUGACUCCGGACCUUAACUCUCCUGCACUUCCAAGCCAAGGCAGCUCCUGUGGCUCAUGAGAAGGGCCUGGGGCAGAAGGCAGGUGACUGAGCUCUGAGCACCUGUCCAGCACAGCCUCAUAGGAAGUCAGAAGUGGACCUAUAGGGCACGAAGCAGACGCCAGAGAUAUCUGCCCCCUGGCUGCAGGCUCAGGUGUGCAUGUCGGCUGGGAAGACCCGGAUGCAGGCAGGUCCUGUAGGCUCUCCUGGUAAGCCAUUAAAAAGAGCUCUAGUUGUUCCCCCACGUUCAUGGCAGCACUAUUUAUAAUAGCCAAGGGUGGAAGCGAGCCCUCCUAAUUGCAAAGAACAAGCCAGUGGUUGCCAGAAGGAAAAUGGGUGAUGGGAUGGGUGACAUAGUUGAAGGGGAUUAAGAGGUACAAACUUCUGGUUGUAAAAUAAGUAAGUCAUAGAAAUGAAAAGCACAAGAUAGGAAUAUGGUCAAUAAUAUAAUGUCGCGUGAUGGCUACACUUGGUGUGAUGAGCAUUGCGUAAUGUAAAGAAUUAGUGAGUCCCUGUGUUGCACACCUGAAACUAAUAUAACAUUGUAUGCCAAUUGUAUGUCAAUUAAACACUGAAAAUUAUGAAUUUAGAAUAUCACAUAAUUGCUCAUUCUUUUUAUUCCAUAUUAGCCACAUGGGAAAGUCCCAGGAUGGUCAUGCCAACUAUAAUUUCUAUAGUUUUAAAAUAUUUGUAGCAGUUUUUCCAUAAUUUCUUUAAUCCACUCUCCUUCAUGGUUGACAAGAGACUCUGCAAGAUGUAUAUGUGAUGCACAAGUGUGGGGGAAGAAUGCCCACAGGGAGAAUAUUUGAGCAGGGAGUGCAGAGCCGGGGUACCCGUGCUUCUCUCUGGAUCUGCUGUCCCAAGCAGCCUUCCUGUGUGUGCAUCUCAGGAGCCAGUCUGGUAAAAGGGAGCAACCAGGCACAGUGAACACUCCAGAUGGGUCUCCCUCCAGCCCUGCGUACUCUGCUCCACUGUGGUUUCCUGGGAUAAACCUGGGGUACAUAAACCUUUGCCUUAGGCUUUGCUUUCUGGGAAAUCCAAGCGAUCAUUUUCAUCAAAGAAGAUGGGCAUUCUAAAAAGCAGUUCCAUUUUACACUGCCAUUUACCCAGGAGCCUAAGUAUGACCAAACCUUAUCCCUGUCAAUCGAAUAAAUGUAAAUAAUCUC